AUGACAACUGAUCUUUUCGCCACUCUCACGACGCCCAACGGCGUACGUUAUUCUCAACCCCUCGGUCUUUUCAUCAACAACGAGUGGGUUGAAUCCAGAGAGAAUGAUCGAAUAGUCUCCGUCAGUCCUAUUGAUGAGUCGGAAAUCUGCACUGUUCACGGUGCUGGCGCGCUGGACAUUGAUGAUGCCGUCAAGGCUGCGAGACAGGCUUUCGAACAGAGCUGGAGAGAUACUGAUGCUUCGAUUCGAGGCGACUUGAUCAACAAACUUGCCCAGCUGAUUGAAAAGCAUGCGGAUACCCUGGCUGCUAUCGAGACAUGGGACAAUGGUACUGCCUAUUUUUCCUUGCGUAUUUCACCACUGACAUGCAUUCCAGGGAAAACGAUCCAGGCGGCAAGAUACGAGGACAUUCCAGAGUCCAUUAAUGUCCUCAAGUAUUAUGCUGGGUGGGCAGAUAAGCUCACCGGGCAGUUAAUUUCCAAUAACCCACAUAAGCUUGCCUAUACAACCCGCGAGCCUCUCGGAGUAUGCGGAGCCAUCAUACCGUGGAACUUUCCCCUGAGCAUGGUUGCUUAUAAGGUCGGCCCAGCUUUGGCAGCGGGCAAUACUAUGGUAUUGAAACCCGCCGAGCAGACUCCCCUCUCUGCUCUAUAUUUCGCGCAGCUCGUCAAAGAGGCAGGCCUGCCGCCCGGAGUGUUGAACAUUGUGAACGGCUAUGGCCGCAAGGCCGGCGUCGCGAUUGCAGAACACCCCGAUAUUAACAAAAUCUCAUUUACCGGGUCAACUCCCACAGGACGUGAAAUCAUGAAACUAGCCUCCACCACCAUGAAACGCGUCACGCUGGAGACUGGUGGCAAAUCCCCUAUGAUUAUUCUCAAAGAUGCCGAUAUCGAACAAGCCGUGCAGUGGGCACACGUUGGUAUUAUGAGUAAUCAAGGCCAAGUAUGUUCUGCGACAAGCCGGAUUUUCGUACACAAAGACAUCUACGAUGACUUUAUCAAACGAUACAUCGAGAAGGUUGAGUCAGCGAAAGUUGGUGAUCCAUUUGAAAGCGAUACUUUCCAAGGUCCACAGGUUACGAGAUCUCAAUUUGAACGAGUCUUAUCAUACAUUGAGUGUGGAAAGCAAGAAGGGGCCACCCUUGCUACCGGAGGCUCGGCUUACAAGAAUGUGAAUGGAAAGCAGGGGUUAUGGAUUUCACCCACAGUCUUCACUAACGUGGAGGAAAAUAUGAAGAUCUCUCAAGAGGAAGUUUUCGGCCCGUUCGUGGUUAUUUCCAAAUUCUCCACCGAGGAAGAGGCUAUCCAAAGGGCCAAUAACUCCUCGUUCGGACUUGGAGGUGCCGUGUUUACUCAAGACAUAACCAAAGCACAUGUUAUUGCCCGAAGACUUGAAACAGGAACUGUGUGGAUUAAUAGCAGUAACGAUGCCGAUGUGCGAGUCCCAUUUGGUGGACACAAGCAAUCUGGUAUUGGCCACGAACUUGGGGAGUUGGGCAUCCUCGCCUACACUACGAGCAAAUCGGUCCAUGUGAACCUGGCUUCCAAAUUGUGA